AGUUUGACAUAGCGUUCGUGGCAUGUUGUUGUGUGUGAAAUAGAAUUAUUUUAUCAUAAAUAAUACCGCCGAUUCGUCUUUAUUACAGUGAUAAACGCCUCCGCGUUUUUAUUUUACCUACCACCGUAAACAAUAUGAACGAUAUAACGGACAAGAUGAAGUAUUUCGGGGGAGUAGAAGGAGGCGCAACACAUUCAAACUUGGUGAUAUGCGACGAAAACUUCCGAGUAAUUGGCCGCUCUAAAGGCCCGGGAACCAACCAUUGGAUAAUGGGUAUUGACGAGUGUGCCGAUAGAAUAUUGAAGAUGCUGGAUGCUGCCAAAGAUGACGCUGCUAUACCAAGAGAUAUGCCAUUAUAUUCCUUAGGCUUAACAUUAUCGGGCUGUGAACAAGACAGUAGUAAUGCAGAACUAGCGAAGGUUGUCAAGCAGAGGAAUGAGAACAGUGCCAGGUCUAUCAACGUAGCUUCAGAUACGGCUGGAUCUCUGUUCACAGGCGCUCCAGGAGGUGGCAUGGUCCUCAUUGCUGGCACAGGGUCAAAUGCACUGCUUCGAACACCGGAUGGGCAACAGUAUGGGUGUGGAGGUUGGGGCUAUCUGCUGGGUGACGAGGGAGGUGCGUAUUGGAUAGCGCUUCGCGCUAUUAAGGCAGUAUUCGACGAGACAGACGGCUUACGACUGGCUCCCCACCCAACCCAACGGGUCUGGGAGGCCGUCAAGGAAUACUUCCUCAUCGAAACCCGGGCCGAUGUAUUACCCAUGAUGUAUAAGAACUUUGAGAAGUCCUUCAUAGCUGGACUCACAGCACGGUUGGCAAUCCUAGCAGAAUCUGGUGAUCCCCUAUCGCAACACCUGUUCGCGGAUGCAGGUGCAGCCCUGAUGUCUCACGUGGCAGCCCUAGUCAAUAAGUCCCAGAACGGAGUCACGCCGUUCGGGAACGGAUUAAGGAUAAUAUGCGUCGGUUCUGUUUGGAAAAGCUGGGGGAUGCUGAUGCCUGGGGCUCUUCAGAUGUUGGAGAAACGCCAGGUUAAAACUAACCUCGAGUUAGUACGUCUUCGCGUAUCGAGUGCAAUGGGUGCAGCGUGGCUCGCGGCCCGACAUGUUGGUUACGACAUGCCACGGGAUGAUACCGCCUUUUGUGAGGUCUUCUAUACGUACAAAUACAAGCCAAGCCACAAUGGAGUUGAAAAUAUACAAAACGGGUACAUAUCAUGUGGUUGUAGCGAAUUCUGGAGCUAACUCAUGGUUAAGAAAUCUUAAAGCGAUGAAAAUAUUUGCGGAUUAGUUUCAAUAAAAGACAACUUUGUAUUACACUAUUUACAUGAUAUAUUUUUAAUAUAUUUUUUUUAACAAAUAUGCAUAUCUACGUACAACAAGGUGAGAUUUUUGAAGUGAUUUGUUAACAAUAAGUUUAGAAAUAGCGUUAGAGUAUCUAUAUUUUGUGUAAAUUGAACUUAGAUCUUUUGACUGGCCUCUAGCCAUUGUAGAGUAUAUUAUUGUAUUUGCUAGCGUUUUGAAAAAUUAAAUAUUAGAAUAAGUUUAAAGGUAUUUUAUAAUGCGCACAUUCCUGCGAACGGCUUAGCUGGGAUUCAACAGAAUUAAUAUUUAACAAACAUAUUAUGUUAAAUUUGUACAGAAUUUACACAUCGAACGUAUUCGAACCUUAUGAUUAGAUAAUAUUUAAAUGUUAAAGUGUUAACAUAUUAUAUAAAUUGUACUGAGUUUGAAAGCUGGGAAUCUCAUCUUCAUUUUUCGUGGGAUUUAUCGUCACAUUAAUAGAUAAUGUAUACAGUUAUACUAUAAUUUAUAGUAGAUAUGCAUAAUUUAUCAACAUAUAAAAAUAGUUUUUUUUUAAAGUAAGUAAUUUUCUGUAUAAUCAAUUACCUAAUCAUAAUAUUUUAGAGAUUUAUUAUUAUUGAAACAUAUUAAAGAAAAUUGUACAUAUCUCAUUUAUAUUUCUAUAUAAUAUCUUACUUUCUGAGAUCUGAGGCUAUAUAAAAGAUCUGAAGGUUGUAUUAAAUACACGUUGUUUUCACGAAAUAUACGUAUUUAUUAAUUAAGUUAUAUUUAUUAGCUUCUUAACUCUCCAGCUCAUGUCAGUGAAAGCGAAAUUUACGAAAAUUGUUUAAGAGAAUUCAAAUUGUAUUUGUGAAAUCGAGCAUUAUUAUGUACCGUUAAUAAAUAAGUGAUAAUGUAAAAACAUAUUGUAUUAUAUAAGUAAAUGAUUUUAAUUGAGCGGUUCAUAUUUUGUUUUAUCGUUUCAUAUAAUUUAAAGAAAUAGAUUUAUAGGACUGUGCACAGAGAGUUGGUAAACAUAAAUGAACACAGAUUACGGUGAAACCGGCGCUGACCGGCGAUUCGGCUUGACAACAGUUGCGUGCCUCUUACCACAAAUAAAAUAUGUGUAUAUACCAGAGGACACAGGUGAGAAGUGAAACUUCUUUAUGAUAUACAUAUAAUUUUUCUACUAUUUGCAACUUCACAGAUAUUGGGUAGAUAAGGCUUAAGAAAAAAAUUCAAUAUUAAAUUAAAACUAUUUUAUUAUAAUAAACAUGCAUACAAAUAAGUCUUUUUAUUUUAUUAUUUUCAGCCUAAUAUAUUAUUUUUUUCUUUAUGUCACAAUAGUCAUAAAAAAAGAACAUGGCGCUUAACCGAAAAUCGUGACGAUUUGCUAUAAAAUUUCUCUCAUACGUCGAUAAAGAAGUUCCACUUCAAAAGUAGGUAUUAUACAGUAGUUUUCCAAUUAGAAGCACUAAAGCGCAUUAUACGGAAUAAUGCUCAACGUUGAAUGUUCCAACUAUAGCAACUAGAGGUGGUCGUUAAAUCAAGAAACUGUUUUAAUUAACAGCUUUAUAUUAGUUAACGAAUUAACUGUUUUUCUUCAACGAAAAAACCUGUUGGACGUAAUAAGCUAAUAAAUUCAAUCAAGGUCUUCGCCCGUAACUCGCAAUAAAUGAAGAAAUUGGAUGCCUCAUUAAAACAGCUUAAUUCAAAACAGUUGACGAAUUUGCGAACGAGAACGUUGACUUGAUAUUAUAUUGACGAAAUAGGUACUACGUAUGAAUUAAAUUUAGUAAUGUUAUUAAUAUAAUAUGAAGUAUAAACCUAAUAAAAACCUAAAUUAUUAAUAAAUGCGUUAACCGAUUUUUCAAAACCCGUUGACGGUUUAACAGUUUUUUCAACCUGUUGAUCAUUGACAAAAAAAAUUAAAUUAAAUUAAUUUAAAAACCUUCAAUGACACACCUCUAAGCAACGCUUCGCACAAUCAAGCACUUUCAAAAGUACUGCUUUCGCGCGAUGCGUGCAAUUAAUACCAACACUAUGGCAGAAAAUUAACAAGUGUCUUUCUUUAGGUUGGCAUUGAUCCAAAUUUUAUUUAUAGGUAUAUUAUUGUGGGUAUUGUUUAUUGUUGAAAAAGUGUUUAAAGCUUUCGUUUCGGCGAAGCUUUUUGGGAAAAAUAAAUGUUACUUCAGACUGUGUUAAAAAAUAAAUGUAUAAGUAUAGAUGAAGGUCCAAACAUUACGUUUUUAUAGCUUUUUUUCAACACUGAACUUAACGCACUAUGCCAAUGCAUUUGAAAACUAAUUCAUGUUACAAUUCAACAAAUGCUUUUAUAGUAAGAAUUCUUUAGCCAAAAAUAAUAGUAUUUAAAUGUAAUUUUUUGAGAGGUUUAUAUUAGGAUUAUAUUAUAAUUUAAACUAUGUAAUGUUUAUUAGUGACGUAUAAAUAUAAAAAUUCCAAUAUUGACAAUCAAAUAUUUGUAUGCCGAUAUAUUGGCGAAUUGUGGUGUACACCAAUUAAUUAUUAACAACUAUAUUACCACAAUUCAUACAAAUAAAUCAUUUCAUUUCAUAUCAACACAAUUCGGUAUUGUGUGUCACUGAGUCGUAUUAUGCUCUGACAUUUGACAACUACCACAGAUUGCAAUAACGAAAGGACAGUCGACACUUUGUGGGUGUUUAAUUGGUUGACUCUCGAUCAUAGAUAGAGUAUUGUUUUGUGUGUAUGUGCGUGCAAGAGUGAAGAACAUAUCUAACAGAGUUACAGCAAGAUAGAAAAGGAACGCGAAUGUAUUGUGACUAACCGAUUUCGAUGGACAAGUCGUAAACAGUCAGCCACUGUCGGUAGGCUACCUAAUUGUUUUGACUAUUCUACUAGCUAACGCACACAUUAAGAAAUCAAGAGCAGCGUGCAUACUCCGCGGCCGUCUGUCAUGCGACACGCGAUAGAUGGACGAAAAAUUUUUGGCGACGUAAUAAAGUUUCACUUUAAUAAUAAUUGUAUUCGCUUUGAUGAAGUCACUUCUGUCGUGUUAUUUUUUAAACAUUUAACAACUCUCUGAGUACAAGCUAUAUUGAUUACAACAUAUUAUUUACAAAGAUUUUACAACGUUUCUAUUAUAAAAGGGAGGGGAUAGCAUUGCAAAUUAUAGUAUAAAUAAAAUAGUUAAAUCGUGCCAAAUAUAUGUACUUAUAAUGUUUUCAUAUGUUGAAUGUUUACUCAUUUUUGGCUGAAUAUUAUUGCGAACUAUUGAAAUGAAGCCAGAACUGAAUGACGUUGCCAAAACUACUCAAAUUUUAUAAUGAUAGUUCACAUUUUGGGUAUGUUCCGAUAUUCGCUGCGACCACUGUACAGUGUGACGUCAAUUUAGUAUACUGUGAAGCCGUUCCUUUAUAGCCAGUUAUAUUGGUUACUAUUUAAAACUGAACGCAAUCCCGUAUACCUACUUUCAGUCGCAUUUUUUGACGCAGCAUUCAAAUGAGUGUAUAAAAGUUUUCUAGUUCAUUAAUAAAAAACUGUUGUUGGUGUAUCGUCAAAUUAAAAAUAUUUGGGAUUAAACAGUAGGUAUUUGUUUAUAAAACGUAAGCACUCGAGUGGUUUUGACUGAUCACGUGAUCGAAGUACUGCGAGUACCUUACCUCGAAAACGCCAGUACUCACAGUAGAAUAUGGCGGCGAUUUAUGACGUCAUAUAUUUCCCUAGGGUACUGCGGCAGUAUACUGGCAGUCCAUAACGGAACGAAUUUUUCUACAGUGAUAGCACUGUGCAGUGCUCGAAGUGCAUAUUGGAACAUACCCUAUAAAGUAUAUAUUUAUUUUUAUAUUUAUAUACAUGGAUAAUAUAGUUGUUCACGAAUACAGUAGCUAUUUUUUAAUAGUUGUAGCUUGUGAUGAAGCCACAACCUGAGAGUUGAACAAGACAUAUUAUACAACUCUUAUAACGUAUGAGUGACGUACUCAAACGUUUGGUAUUCGCACGGAAUGCGAGAGGUCGCGGGUUCGAGUCCCGCAUCGUUCAUAAAAUUUCUUUACAAAUUUAAUUUAUGUAGUAGUAGCUUUUCCAUGUAGUUAAUAGGUUAUCAAUAUUCGUUGAUAUCGUAGUAUAUUUACGGGUUGGAAGAACACAGAAUGCCGGGUAGAUUAUGGGUAACACAACGGCUCCUUUUUCUGACAUGAAGCAGUAAUGUGUAAGCAUUAUUGUGUUUCGGUCUGAAGGGCACCGUAGCUAGUGAAAUUACUAGGCAAAUGAGUCUUAACAUCUUAUAUCUCAAGGUGACGAGCGCAGUUGUAGUGCCGCUAAGAAUUUUUGGGUUUUUGCAAGAAUCCUGAGCCAGGUGAACGUCCUGCUCGUCUUGUCCCUUAGUGUCAUAAAAAAAUAUUAUCGAGAGCCUCUGAACAUUGAUUUAAUAUAAUAAUAGAUAUUGUUAUCAAAUAGUUCCUAAUUUUAAUUUUUUCUGUAUUAUUUUAAUUACAUAAUCUACAACUG